UGGUGCUGCGACGCGCAGAGGCCCGCUGACGGGACAGGGAAGCGGAGAAGGAGGCGUGUUGGCUGUAGGCGGCAGGGACGCCAUGUGUUCAAAGGACAACGUGCCGUCGGAUCGCGCGAGAACAACAAGGGACACUGCGCCGCACAGGCCACGCAUGCGACCCGCCGUGCGCGCGCCCUUCGGAGCCGGCGGGCGGCAUCGGCCGAGCGUGGUCCAAAGGGUCAAGGACGUAGGAAUGAACUUGUGGAGCUACUCCGCCCGUGAACGGAAGCUUGACUGCAUGCACGUGCACACGCGCGCACGCCAUUGCGUCCCGACAGAAGAUGGGGAGGGAUGCAUUUCUGAAGAAGGCGGUCAGCGAUGUGGCACACUGGAGCGCGGAGGACGUGAGCGAGGGAGGAGCAAGAACAUUGCCCUACGGAGAUAGAACACUGUCCUACGGGAACACGGCAAAAGCAGCCAGCGACAACGAAUCAACGCACCCUAUGAUUCAGUCGCGACGGAGGCGGGAGCGACGAGGGAGGGAGAACAGAGAACUGGCAUCUCCGUGCCCAUGCGCUGCAAUUGGGGCGAAGAGCACCCUGUGGAGGCUGGAAGCCUUUCCAGAAACUGAAGCAGGUGGAUGCAAGUUCGCUCUCCAGAAAGCAAGUAUACGCAGCUCAGGUUGGUGCCGCAACAUGGACACAACAAAACAUGAAGCACACCGAGAAUAUCACAAGAGCGGCCUGCCUUAGACGAGCUCAUGCAAUCACAACCCUGACGUUACGUGUCAGAUGAUGUGCUCCCCAGCGGCUCGCUGUCCAGGAACCCGUUGCGAGGCACGAAAUUAUCUGCGAUGUCUGCUGUCGGGAACGCCCCUUCCCACCUCCGUUCGGAGAGGCGGGGCGCCCGUGCUGCGGGGCAUGAGGGCCCGGGCGCGACCGAACGGCCCGUCGGCUCGGAGCUGUUACGGCACCUGGAUUGAAUGAAAUGGUCAGUCAGCCUUCCUUCUCAGCCGCUUCCUCAAGGCCUGAAGGCGUGGCAAACCCAUUAUAUUCAAAUUCAAACGACGCUCUGCUGGAAAAAGAAGUCGGCAUCCCCUCACAACACAAUAUUUGUCUUGCCAGACGCUGGCCCCAAUGCACUCGGAACGGGAAGGAGGGGCAGGGGAGGGGGGGAGCGACAGGGGAAAGGAGGAGGCGAAGAAGCAUAGGAACAAGAGAGGGGGGACGAACUAUUCCCGACCGCCCGCACCGAGCAUGCGAGCCAGCUGCCCGCGCCGCAAGAGCCCACACGGCCACAGGCAGAGCGGGCCCCAAAGCCAGCCGAAGAAAAGGAUCACGGUGCAGGAGGGCCCCCGACGUCCGCCCCAGGCAAGCACGACGGCAACACGAGUGCGUUGCCGUGCCCCUUCGCAGCUGUUCGGCAAGGCCUCCCCAUCGCCGUCGUCCUCCUCCUCGCCAUCGUCUUCCUCCCCCCACUGCGCUGCGUUCCGAUGCGUCCCCGCUUCGCCCCGCGCCGCGAACGCGGCGGGCCUCAGCCGAGCCGGCCGAGCCAGGCGGCCCCGCGGCCUCAGGAACGCCAGGGGCCAGAGUGGUCCCUCCUCCCUCCUCCCACCUCGCCGCUUCC